AAGAGCCAUCGGUCAGUGGACCAGAGCCUUUUGGACCUGAAUAGCUGAAGCUGCAGGACCAAGACAUAGGCCAUGCUCCGAGGCACGCCAGGACUAGGCCUCAGGGGCCUGAAGCGGGGUGAGGAUUUUGUGGAGGACUUGGGGCGCUCCUGCCCGGAGGCUGGCAGGAAUUUUGGAGUGCUGAGGAGCAGCCUGGAUGAGGCAGAAGAGGCAGCUGGCAGAAAGCGCGAACGGCCCGCAAGGUCCAAGGCUCGGCGCAUGGCGGCCAAUGUGCGCGAGCGCAAGCGCAUCCUGGAUUACAACGAGGCAUUUAACGCGCUGCGCCGGGCGCUGCAGCACGACCUGGGCGGCAAGAGGCUCUCCAAGAUCGCUACGCUGCGCAGAGCCAUCCACCGCAUCACUGCGCUCUCCCUGGUCCUGCGCGCCAGCCCGGCGCCCCGCUGGCCCUGCGGCCACCUGGAGUGUCACGGCCAGGCUGCCCACGGCUCGAGCGCGGGGGACUCCGGCUUCAGUGUUCCGAGGUCUGCGACGUCCCCUGCAGCGCCUAGCCUAGCGCGCAGGGAUCUCGCCAGCCCCUUAGUGCCUCCUGCACCGCGCUGCGCUUCCUGCUCCCCGCACGCGCACUUGGGGCGGCCUAGGGUGAUGCCCGAAGUGCCCAGUUUGUCCCAAGCCUCCGGGGGAAGCUGGCGCCGAUGUCCUGGGGCUCCCCCUGUUGGACCGGUUCCGUGGCGGUGGGGCUCUGGGCUGGGCUACCAGCACUCCUGACCACGCCACCCAGAGGAAAGUUGGGUUAGUCGAAUGACUACAAAGAGAAGAUUGCAAAAGUCAUCCUGGACAGAGCAAAAUUGAAUGGGUUGUGACUUGCGUGGCAGAGGACGCUGUCUUACCAUGGGAAAGAACCCCGGAGCCCAGGGCAGCCUCCCCACAUGCCAGCCUGGGGUGGUGAAAAUGGAGGGAGAUCUUAGGUUUGGACUUGGUCAGCCUCUCGUUCCUGGAAAGUGGCCUUUGCUUUCCUGGGCUUCUGAGCCCUCUUUUCCCUUACUGCGUUUGGGAAGUGGGACUUGUGGGAUUUUGUGGGUAGACGGCUGUUAUGAUCUGAGGGCACAUGCCGUGGUCCUCUUCCCCUGUUUGGGCUGCUGCUGAACUGAGAGAGGCCCGGAAAAUGACCAAAUAAAAAUGAAACAUGUCUUCUC